AGAGUUUUUAACUGCUGGUGCCAUACAUGAGGUGAACGUGGAUUGUAAAACUCUCGAGAAAGUUACAUCCCAGUUAAAGGAGGAUAAAGACUUGUCGGGAAGAACUAGAUAUAUAUUCCAACCGGCCAUGGAGCAUGUAUAUGCGUUGAUGAAAAAAGACAGUUAUUCAAGAUUUCUCCGCUCUGACCAAUAUAAUCAACUGUUAGACAAAUCUCAAACACACUAUACAAAGAAAAAGUUUUUCAACUUUGGUAGCAACCGUAAAAAGACUCCAAGCCCUCUUGUUCGUCGUAGAGGUAGUGCUUCCAGCGAAGGUGCAGAUGGCGAUUUAGGGGGACCCGCGUACCAUUCAUACAGUACUGGGAACCUUCGUGAACUUGAUGAAAAACCAAGGCGAUCUCAGAGAACCUCGUAUGUGGGAUCUGAUAGCAGUAUUUAUAUGGGCACUUACGACGGGCAAAGUAAUUCCCCGUCUGUACGUAGACGUACUGAAAACAUGGAUUCCGACAACAAAUUAACUACCAGUAGUAAUGAUCCACGUCGCCGUAGCAACUUAGAGGUUCCACGAUCAACGUACCAGGGGAUGAAUUCAGAGGGGAACCGCAAGUCUGAAGCCGUAAAUCCGUGUCUAGCUAUCAGCGUUCCUAGAACAAACGUCGUCACUCCAUGGGAGGGAGAGUCCUAAUUUGACUAUGGUCUAACACAUACGAAACAUGACAGCGUAAUGUCAGCCCUAAAAUUCCAGUAAAUUGGUGGAUUUUGAUAGAUUCACCUUUAGUUAUAAGAUCUAAACAAUUGUAAAAUAUUGGGAGAUAUUCUUCUUUGAUAUAAAUAUAUAUAUAUAGGGUUAAUUUUGAAAAUCUGUAAACUAUUGAGAUGACAGCAUAUAUUUAGAAUGUCUAGAAUAAUUAUAAUUGUUAUGAAACAUAUAUUUUGAUGUUUGACAUGUGUGUAGAAUAUUUCAAACAUGAACAGCAAGAUUUUGAUCCAUGAAUGGCUGUUAAAAGUUUCAAGUAUGCAUUGUUUUGUAAAUUUAUUGUAUAUCAGAUGCACUAUUUCUAUAUCAUUCCAUGAAUUUUUAAAGCUCACCUGAGCUUAUAUGCACAUUUUGAGCUCUUAUGAUUGUUAGAUGUUCCGUGUUUGUCUGCUAGUUUGUAUCGGUGUUCCUUCAAAUAUCCAAAAGUCAUUAUUUUAAAAGUAUACACCGAGUUCUGGAAAAGUGUCCCUUAUCUGUAAUAUAUUUUGUUUAUGUAAAUUUUUUUUUCUUCUGCGGCUAUAUUUAUCUUCCUUGAAUGUUCGCUGAAAGCGAAAAGAUUACUGAAUGAACCAACCAAAUCAGACAUCAACUUUGUUUUUCUUUUUUGUUUUUUUCAUGGGUUUUUUAUUUAAUUAACUAAUUUUGCACCAUAGGAAAAUAUUUUAUUAUAUUGAUUCACUACAAAUAGCUGUUGCCUUUAUCUUAAAGUUUUUAUAUUUUUCAUCAAUUAUUCUGCACUGUAAGUCACAGGUGAGUCACAAAGGGCCAACAGGGUUCUCUUGUUAUGUAUUGUUCUUGUUCCUUGUUAUACGAAUUAAUUGUUAUGUCUUUAUUGAUCCCACUGUUUUCAUACUGUUGUUUUUAUCUGUGAAAAAGUGAUUGUUGUUACCUGUUUACCAUAGACAUUGUAAUGAUGAUAAGGAUAGUAAAUUCCAGUUGCGAUUCUAGAAUUUUCAAAUCAAGUCUUAAUUCUAGAAUUUGAGGAAUAGUUCCAAGAAUUGAGUGGUUAUUCCAGAAAUUGAGAAAUGAUUCCAAAAAUUGAGUUGGUAGUUCUAGAAAUUGAGAAAUUAUUCCAAAAAUUGAGUUGGUAGUUCUAGAAAUUGAGAAAUUAUUCACAGAAUUGAGUUGGUAAUUCUAGAAUUUGAAGAAUUAUUCCAAGAAUUGAGUUGUUAAUUCUAGAAUUUAAAAAUUAUUCCAAGAAUGUAUUUAGUUGUAAUUCUAGAAUUUGAGGAACAAAUUUCAAGUCAAGCAUCAAAAGAAGAAUUAGAGAUAAUUUUGAAGAGUUGAGAAAUAGUUUAAUUAUCAUUGGGUGAUAAUUUUAAAAAAUGACAAGAUAUUAUGAUAAGAUUGAUAAUUGGGAAUUCUACCUUUAAUAUAAAUCAGUGGGUAUAUAAAUAAAUAUGUCCUCUAAGUUUUCCUAUUCCUUUCUAAGUGUAUAUUACCCAAAAAUAUGUUUAUAAAAAGCAGCAUAUACCAAGUUUUACAUAUCGAGUUUAAAAUGGUAACAAAAGUCAGGAUUAGUCAGUUUGGUAAGAAGAAAGUGUGAUAAUAUCCCCAGUGAUACAAAAUUAUGAAAACAGUGCCUUGUUAGAAAUACAGUAAGUGUAAAUAUAUAUAUCAUAUAUAUAUAUAUAUAGAGUUAUUUCAAUUGUAUACAUGUACGUUCUUUUUUAAUGUAUACAUUUUCUUUUGUUAAAUAAUAUUUCUUUGUAUGAUAGUGUUUGACAGUGUGUGAAUGAAAACUUUCUCACUUUUUCUCUCUUUUUCACAGCAUGCAUGUUUUAUGUGCUCUUGAAUAAUUUUGUAGUCAGUUGUUUUUUUUAUUGAAGUUCUUUAAAGAUGUUAAGUCAUAUUUUACAUGGAAUAGAAAUCAUUAGGUAUUACAAGUAAUUUAUUGUAGCCAAUUUAUAGAUAAUUUUCAUUCAUAGAAAGAUAAUAACUGUACUGUCAUUCAGAAUCUACUAUUCUUAAAAGCAUAGUGGCCAACUUCCUUCCCCUCGCUGGUUGAAUAUGAAGGUUACAUUAAAUCUUGUUUUAGGUAAAAAAAAAAAAUUUUUUUAAAAGAUACCGAGUGUUUGUUAAAGACAAUUUGAGCUACUACCUGUCUUUCUCCACCAUAGUCAGUAAGUAAGUAAGGACUUUAUUUAAUGAGGCUUACACAUUCGGUUUCCUGAUCUUCCAUGCUGGCCUCAGCAUAUACAUAGCAUAUACAUAACAAGAUAUACAUUACACAUUUUAAAUAACAUAUAUACACAAAUAGAAAAAACAAAACAAAAACCAAACCAAAAAAAACAAACAAAAAAAACAAACAAACAUCAAGAAACCACAUUUUUAUAACCUGGGCAUGAAAAAUACAUUAUUUUACAAGUAAGAUUAAAACAGUAUUGUAAAAACAAAACAUUAUACAUUUUAUUCUUGUGUGGCAUUAUCAUUACAACAAAAUGUACACUCAUUUAAUUAGAAAAUUGCCACUUAAUAUAUGUGGCUUGAAAUUUCUAAAGCUAGAAAGUCACCAUAAAAGCUUAACAGUGUUGUUGUAACUUAAAAAGCAAUCAAAAUGUCAAAUAAAAAUGAAUGGAGAGAUUUUUCCAUGUGCGAGAUAUACCAGAGUAUAACGUAGGUUGGCCUCAAUGGAUUACAACUUUUCAAAUAAAACAGUAAAGCAUAUUAAUUUUGCACUGACUUAAAGAGACCUAUUGUGCAUGGAAAUAUGAUGUGUUGUUUUGUCUAUUUUAACAAGUUAAAAAAUGCUGUUGUAGUGGCUACAUGUUUUCUUAAUAUUUUAAUGAAUGAAGAUACAAGAAGAGAUUCCUACAAAUUAGUAUUUAUUAAAUGUUUCUUUUAGUCAAAAACACACGAGUAGACCAAAAAAGAAUCCAUUUUAUUGAAUUUUCCAUAAUAAAAUUUGUUUUUUUUUGUAAAACUAUAGAUGUCCUUUUACUCAGUCUAAAUUAUUAGCCAAAAAAAUUUUCAAAUUUAUCUUUACUUUAAAAAAAAAAUGAAAAUGAAAACCAUUCUUAACGCCUCGCUUUUUAACUCUAGUGCAAAGAACUAAUGUUUUUCAUACAAGUAUUUAUUUACAUUAUAAUUUAUCAAUGAAAUUCAGUUUUAGAAAUAAUGUGUUGAAAUCUGAUAACAAGCAAAAAUUUGAAACCAGCAGGACUAAUUGCAGCUAAAAUGCAGUGUUAGCGUAGCAAUGGUUGUUAGCAAUGUUUGUAAUUUACAAGGUUAUUGAGAAUGUAAUACUAGUCUGGUUUGUUGUUAUGUUUUAUAUAUGGAUACCAUCAUUGUUUAUCACUUAAAAAUACAUGGUUGCUAUUAUCAUUUACCACAUGGAAAUAUAUUGUAUGCAACAUUGAUAAAAUCACUGUUUACCUCCUGGAAAAACAUGGUUACAAACAUUGCCACAUUGAAAUACAUGUACAUGGUUGCAGUCAUUGUCACAGGGCUACAAUCAUUGUUUACCUCAUGUAAAUAUAUGAUUGCAACCAUUGUCACAUGGAAAUACAUGGUUACAAACAUUGCCACAUGGAAAUACAUGGUUAUAACCAUUGCCACAUGGAAAUACAUGGUUACAAACAUUGCCACAUGGAAAUACAUGGUUAUAACCAUUGCCACAUGGAAAUACAUGGUUACAAUAAUUGCUUACCAAAACAUUGCCAAAUGGAAAUACAUGGUUGCAGUCAUAAUUUGCCAUAAUGUUUUUUUGAUUUAUGAUGACAUACUUGUUUUAUUUUAAGGUAAAAUAUAGGGGGGAGCAAAUAAGCACAGUCUUUCACAUUUGAAUAUGAUACUGUAUUCACAUAUAAUUUUCUAUGAUAUGUAUUUCUUAUUGUAAACCAUUUUGCAGCUUCUUUUAGAAAUAAAUUUACCAAUGUUUCUUGCUUAAAAUAAUGCAUUUUGUUUAGUUUGUAGACAAAUUGUUAAUGCGCAAAC